UGGUGUCUUUGUAAUCUUGCAAUUUUUAUUUAUUUCAGAUCACCUUGUAUGGUUAGAAUUUUAACACAUCUGCAGCUUGCCCUCUUUCUGGCUCAGGGCUUUGACUCUGUCUCAGUACUCACGCUAAGCAGACUCCAAGCUGAUGCAGUACUCAAGCGAAAAAUAAUGUGGACUUUCACUUUACCCCCAGCAUAGAGCUUUCUGUUGCACUUUCCUUAGGACACACCCUCACAUACUUCAAUCAAAUAAAAAGGGAGCCGACACAAAGAGGAAAGAAUAGGAGCACAGUUCAAGCUGCAAACUCCAUUCAUUCCCCUUUGGCUCAGUCAAGAACUUUUUCAAUUGAAGAUCAUGAAGGAUUUGCUUGAAGGUGUUUAGAAGUCACAACACUCCAAAGGUACGUGUAGUAGUGCUAGACUGACAAAACUCCAAUGAGUUUUUCUUCUUCAGCCUGAACGUUGAAGCCACAAUGGCCUUACAGGAGGUGUGCCACUUCUAUGACAGUGUUCCAUCUUCUUCAGAGCACAGCCCUGUUGCUUUAGCCCUUGAGGGCUGCUGUACCGAAUACAGAUCAGCAAAAGCUGGUCACAGCUUGCCUGUGUUUUACCUACCAGUGAUGAAAUCACAACCUGUCUGUCAACCCUGGAAGACCAUUAAUGUGAGCACAAUGCCAAGUUCUACUUCCAGCGUGAAGUCGUUUAUGCUGGCAGAAGAAAGUAAAAGACCCUUUGAUUUAAGUCAUGGCACUACAACCCUCUCUUUCAAGUUCCAAGGUGGUGUAAUUGCAGCUGCUGAUACACGGUCAAGCUGUGCUAAAAAAGUGGAGUGUCCUUCAUCUCAGAAGAUUAUCCCCAUCCAUAGCCACCUAGUAGGGACAACCUCUGGAACAUCAGCAGACUGCACGUUAUGGAAACGUAUUUUGUCUUAUAAAUGCCGCCUGUACCAGCUCCAGAAUAAAAGGACUCUAACAGUCAGAGGAACGGCCAAACUACUGUCUGGAGCACUAUUCCCCUUCAAGGGUACAGAGCUCUGUGUGGCAGCAACAUUGUGUGGCUGGGAUCACACUGGUCCGGCCUUGUACUAUGUCUACAGUGAUGGCACUUGUCUGGAGGGAGAACUGUUUUCUGUGGGCUCUGGUUCACCCUAUGCCUACUCGAUCCUGGACCGUGAGUACCAUUUUGAUAUGUCAGUGGAUGAAGCAUACUGCCUGGCACGGCGUGCUGUCUACCACGCCACACACCGGGAUGCCUACUCUGGAGGAAAUGUAGACUUGUACCAUGUCACCAAAGAAGGCUGGCGCAAAAUAGGCAGGGAGAAUCUGUUUCCUGUUUAUUAUGAAAAGAAGGAGGCCCAGUUACAUGGGAGUGGAGAGGUACCUGGCUUCUGAAGCUAUGUGGUUUUGCUGUUAUUGAAAUAAAAAAUACAAGAUGAACAUUACAGGACUCCAUAAUAAUGGAUGUAAUUCUUCCAUGUUUUUAAUAUUAUUUAUGGAAUGCAAAUAUUAGAUUUCUGCCCGGAAAAUGAAAAUUAAUGUUUUGCUAAUUAAGAUCCUUGCCCGAUCCUUUAGGACCCAUUAUUUGUAAUCUUUUGAAGACUUUUAACAGAUAAAACUUUCUGUUUAGGCCACAAAAAUAAGAUGAGUGGAUGUGUAGCACACUCCUUCCAGGGCACUCUUUAAUGGUCUCUACGAAAAUUGAAUGUGUUUGUUGAUCUGAGAGGUUCCGCCCACAACAGAAGAGCAAUGAUUGGACAGGGCAAAGCUCCUCCUCUGUCACAAUCUAUAAAGACUGGGCUCAUGUCAUAUCAGAGUAAUUGGCUAAGCAUCUUGGCAGCUCAGGGUGAUGUAUCAGACACCAUCAUGCAAUCUUUACUUCCAAGGACCACCUGCUACUUCUACCUACUGUAUGCGUCCAGCAAUGUCUUGAUACGGGGGUAGGCCAUUUCCAGCUAAAUUUUGAUAAGAUUGCUACAUUUUAGCUUUUAAGUAAUUAUAUUUAGUUAAUCUUAAGAAAAUAUCUUUGAAGCCUACAGAUAACAAAAAUAAAUAUUUUGAGGAUUGUCUAUUUUUUUGUGUUUGUUACCAAUAACAGUCCAUGGCCAUGUCUCUCUCAGGUUCCAUGUGUAUUUUUACCAUUUCUGACUUGAAUGCUGACAUGAAAGUUUUAUUUUCAAGAAAGGAUCUCGCAGUAUGAAUACAUUGACCUGACAUGAAUGCAGCAGACCAAGACUAACCUAUUCUUGAACAUUUGGUGUCUUGGCAGAAGGAUGAACCAAAAAGAACUUCUUCAUACAGCUUGUGAGAAUACAUCACUAAACACCUUUGGAAUAAGUAGCUGUUCGUCCAUGCUAAAAUGAAAUGUUCACACCACCAUCUCAUUCACCAGCUAAGCUUAUCAUCACUACGAGAAUGUUGCUUAUUUAGCUUGCCAGUAUCCCCUCUCUCCAUUUCAUCACCCUGAUUGUGUCUGGGAAUUUACUUUGUUCCUGACAUUUAAAUCCCAGCUAAGGAUUUGCAUGGCACCUUUUUUUAAUCCCUGACUGUUUUCGGUACUUGUGUACUAAAUGGAUGGCAGUACUGUUAUCGUCAUGCAAAUCGUUGGGUUGCUUAAUUUUUGGAGUUUAAUUUAUUAGACUGACCUACCCCAACCACAAAUACUAACCUAAAACUUAGUGAAGGUGAAGCGUAGUUGCUUAUAGGUCCCUAAUUUUAAUGUCCCCUUUGCUGCCUAAUCUUAAAAAUGAAAAUCCGAUUUGCGUCACAAUAAUAGAAAAGUCAGUAAUUGUUAAAUUUAAUUGUGCUCAUUGUUUAAUUAGAAGACCCAU